CUGUAUCCACUGGGGUCUGUGACCAUGCGAGGCACUAUUCCAGACACACUUCUGCCAAGGGACAUCAUUCUCUUUGACUUUCAUCUCGCAUUCAACGUCUCCUCCUAUACGGCUUCUGUCCACCUGGACAUCACCGGAGAAGCUUUGCAGUUUUCGUCGAACACGUCUGUUGAUGACGUCACCUGGGAGCUGACUUCCGGGAGGAAUGAGACGUACAGCCGCAACAGCACCGACAUCGUUUUCUCGGAAAGCCUCUCAUACAUCGACAACUUUCACCUGGAGUUUCGCCGAUCUCCAGCAUGACCUGGCAACUGAAGGGGACGAUGUCUUUGAUUGUGACAGACACGGCAGGAGCCGGAGACUUGGUCAGAACCACCGCCAAUAUACAGGAAGUGCACCUGGACAACAGCACGUGCUCCUGGAGGAUAGGGUCACAAUACUUCUACCUGACCCCGCCGGAAAUUUCCGUCGUCAACGAAACGGGAAAUCCGGUGCCGUUGAUGGGAGAAUAUUUUGUUCUCGUGAAGCUGGCCUUUGACGACCCGCAGCAACAUCUGUCAGAAAGCACGAUAGAGCUGCGCACGCCCUCUGAAGCGUCGUCACGUGAGGUGAUCCUGACCAUUCAGAGCGCCGGCACCAGUUACGUCACAGGCGUCACGCCACGCUCGCAGUCCGCCGCCGAGAGUGUGACGCCAGCUGUCCGCUCCACCUACGUGUCAUUCCAGAGUGACGUGGCGGCGCUCAGGUUACCCGUCUUGCAGCGUGACGUCAUCAACUUCUCUCGCGCCGAGGCGGAGCUACGUUUCGGGACACGCGCGGAGGACUACAGCCAGCUGCGGGACGGCAACGUUGUCGACGUGGGGGCGCUCGUGCAGUUCGGAGUGAGGGGCGUGGCCAUCGAAUGGCGGGGCGUGGCCACCGACGGAACUGCCGGAACUGACAGUGACGCCUCUGGCGCGAGGGGUGGUUCGCUCAUCUGGGUUAGCUCCCUGCCAGUCACUCUGCAGUGUCCUCCCCCUGGGGAGAAGCGGCCUGAGCUGCUGCUGCAGCUGACAGAAACAACCUCCUGCGCCUACGAUGGCAAUGCCCGGGCAGGGGUCGCCGUGGCGCUGACGCACGGGGUCAACUCCACCGCCACGGCCUACAACAUCACGGUGCGGGUGUACCUCAGUGACGUCAUGCGACUCCUGGCCUACGCCAACAGCGUCUUACGUCAGAACUCGCUCUCCGUCGUCCAGAACGACAGCGUCGUCACCAUCGACAUCGCACGCAUGACCUUCAGUGACCCCACGACCGUCACGCUGACCCUGAGCCUGAACCUCAGUGACCCCUUACGAGCGCUGCCAGACUACCACGUGAUCCCUGCCGACGCCAGCUUCGCGGACCGUUGGGGCAACGACACGGACAUGUUUGCUGACAUGCAGCAUGUGAAGGUCCACUUCGACAAACAGUGCAGUGGACACGUAUCCUGGCGGACCUCAGGUCAGUGCACCUGCAACCAUGACGUCACUCGGUCCGAUUGCGCGUGUUGCGUGGCAGGGGCAUGCCAGUGCGGAGAGGUCAACCCCAAUCAGUGCGUGCCCUGUCAGCAUCCACAUUACUGCCAACCCUUCCUGCCAGGUUUCGAUACUAUCUCAGAACUUACACUCACUGACGGGGUCUCCUCCAUCGUUUGCGAUCCCUUCCACCGUUACAGACCAUGGACUUCUGGGAUCUCAUGUUACGAGAAAGGCCAUCUUCCUGACAACACCUGGAACUGGACAGCGCUCACCCCGGUGGUCGGAGCCAUUCUCUAUCGCGAUGUCAACACCGGAACUUUGUACGGCGUCUCCAACAACGGCCUGGCGCGCAUGCGCAGUGUAGACGGAGGGGUCACGUGGUACACACUGUCUCUGCGGGAUUAUCAGAAGGCAACCUCCACCGCUGACCUCGUCAACUCCUCGCAGAUUGCAACCGGAAUUGAGUUCUGAGCAGGAGACUCCGCGGCUCUCCAGAGUUCAUCCUCCGUGUCUUGAAGCCGAAGUUCUGAAGCAAGAGACUUUGAACUUAUUAUAAAAAUAAGACGGUUCUGUCUGCUCGACCAUUGUAACUAUCUUUGGAAAAAAAUAUAAAGGAUGCUCCAUCAACUCAACGUAUUUGAAAAAAACCAGUUUCGUUCGGUAUGUGGUGAAACCCUUACAAAGUUGUGUAAGCGAAGCCUUCGAAUAUUAUAAUCUCAACUUUUAAUGUAUAGCUAGUGUUUCUUGAGUCUGAGUGAAAGAAACAAAAACCUUAAAAUGUCGUGCCACGGCCAUCUUACCGAGGACUAAGCAAAGAAAAGAAAAGGAAGGAAAGGAGUAGAUGAGACAAUCACGCAAGAAGAAGAGGUCACAAUUCUUAUCUUGAAUCUCAUUGUAAAUUUUCUUUAAAACUUUUGAUGGUAGUGAAGAUACAGAUCAUAAAAGUGCAUCUGAAGAUUUAUGUAGUCGUUGUCUUUUCUCUGAAUA